UACGCACAACACAAGGAAGAGGACAUGUGCGUACCCGUGAACCAGUGCUCGCACAUACAUUUUUGCUCAAAUUAGCAGUUUGGAUAUUCAUGGUACUCAAAAACUGCGGUGUGGUAGUCGCUGAUGGUCUUGCUUGUCUUGUGUGCCGACACUAUGCUGCCUGCGCAGUCAGUAACUCAACGAGGUUGAACUUGGAACACUACCUCUGGAGAGAAAAUGUCUUAUAUAAAAGUAGAUCCGGCAUGUGAUUUCUCUUUCCACAACCUACCAUAUGGUGUAUUCUCCACAUUAGAUCAUCCCAAACGUCGCAUUGGGGUCGCCAUUGGAGACCAGAUACUGGACCUGAGUGUGAUACUCUCACUGUUUCAAGGACCUGUGAUGGCCAAACAUCAGGAUGUCUUCCAACAGCCUACACUAAAUGCUUUAAUGGGUCUGGGAUAUGAAGCAUGGAAGGAGACCAGAAGUACUUUGCAGUUUUUGCUCUCACCCAAUGAGAGUACUCUCAGAGACGACUGGACUCUACGUAGUAGAGCUUUUGUCCCACAGAGCGCAGCCAUAAUGCAUCUUCCCGCAGAUAUCGGUGAUUACACUGACUUUUAUUCAUCCAGGGAUCAUUCAACUAAUGUUGGCACUAUGUUUCGAGGGAAGGAAAACGCCCUAAUGCCAAACUGGUUAAGACUUCCUGUGGGAUAUCAUGGUAGAGCAUCAUCUGUGGUUGUUUCUGGUACGCCCAUUCGUCGGCCGUUGGGCCAGAUGAGACCCGAUCAGACAAAACCUCCUGUGUUUGGUCCGUCAAAGCAAUUGGACAUUGAAUUGGAAAUGGCUUUCUUUGUUGGCGGGGGGAAUUUGCUAGGGGAGCCAAUCCCCAUUGAGAAAGCCCAUGAACAUAUCUUUGGCAUGGUACUUAUGAACGAUUGGAGUGCUCGGGACAUUCAAGCUUGGGAGUAUGUCCCUCUGGGUCCAUUCUUGGGGAAGAACUUCGGAACAACAAUCUCACCCUGGGUGGUCCCCAUGGAGGCCUUGUUACCUUUUGCAGAGCCUAAUCCCAUUCAGGAAACGCCUCCACACUCUCAUGCACUGGCGCCAUUUGAAGUUGUAUUCUCAAAGACGUCAAAAACAGGCUUUUUUUUGCGAGAACCUCACAUCAUCACGACGUUCAUCAGCCAUUUUCACUCAGAAGUCAAGCAGGGAACGCUACAAUGAAGCCAGAGUGUCGCAGAGUUUUAAUCACAUUACAGGUACAGUACUUGGCGCAGAGACGUGAGCGAGCAUGAAUAUCAACAAGGAAAUAAAACACAAAAACCAGA